GAUUUUUUAGACACAUCAGCCGCAAAAAGAGCUGCCAAAACGCGCUCCGAGCGGAGCUAGACGGCUUCCAACAGCGUUCAGGAGUGUAAGUGACACUCUGUCGACGCCACCACCGCGCCGAAAGAACUCUGCGCGCCUCGCGAACACGCACUGCUCCGAGCUCAGUGACCCAAGACAAAGAUGCUCUUCGUACAGAGAGCCCGCCACGCCGCCGCGGCGCUGGCGAAGACGCCGGUGCACGCGCGCACCCUCGCCAGCCUGCCGGACCAGGGCCCCGAGGUGGUCUCGGGCCUCCAGCCGUCCAAGGUCGACGCCGCGAACAAGCUCGGCUUCAAGGAGGACGAGGGCAUCGUCGCCUUCGGCGCCGGCGCCGUGAACAACACGCUCCUCGCGCUCAUGUCCCAGGUCUCCUCGAACCUCUCGUUGGUGAGCCGCUACGCCGACGACAUCGAAAAGGACGGCGUGACGCUCCAUCACAGAGGAGACGAGUACGUCGUGCCCGCCGGCGACAUCAAGCUGCCCCAGACGAGCGUCAUCAAGGAAUUGGGGGAGAAGAUCGCGAGCCCGCGCAUCGUCUUGAAUGGAAGACAGCUCGGCGGCGACUACGAUGAGAUCUUCGACAGCAUGGGCCCGGCCACGGAGUUCGUCGUCACGGCGCAGAACGGCCCGUCGGCGCGCAUGCUCGCCGACGCGGCCCAGAAGUACGUGGAGCGCCACCCGGAGAAGAAGGCCAUCCUCGAGAACGUCGUCGGUCUCGUUUCGGCGUCCUUUCUGUCGUCGACGCCUUCCGGUCGUCGCCGCGACGGCGUCGAGACGCCGUCGACGCGACGUCGUCGCCUCGACAGAGCUGGACGCUCAUGACGCCGUCGAACGAGAGACACGAAUAAACGCAGGCAUCGACGCCGCCAUGUUCGUCAAGAUGUCGGCGACGGACACGCGCGCCGCGACGGUGCUCCAGCCCGGCGCGAAGUGGGUGUUUGGAGCCUACGAGUUGCUGGGGGGCGGCGGCGUCGCCCUGAACCAGGAGGUCUCUCCCAAGACGCUCGAGAAGGCCCAGAACUUCACGGAGUGGUUUAAAUUACUAGACGCGACGGACGCCGGCGCCGAGGACACGCACGUGACUUUACGGCCGGAGGCCGUGUCGGGCAAGCUCGCGAAGACGGCGAACAACAUUGGCGGCAACUACGGCGCGGCCAUCGUCACGAAGGUCGUGCAGCACCACGCGGAGUUGAAUGGGAAGACGUUGGAGGGGCCCCUGCCGUACGGCGUCCUCCACCCGGAUUUUGAUGUUGAGGGGGCUUUUGGGGAACUGGUAGGACAGGACCGCCUGGGCGUCGUCAGGGACCAGAUCGCGGCGGCGCGCGACAUGUCGUUGAAAGCCGUCGGCGAGUACCACGACGUCCACGAGGAGCUCUUCGAGGACGUCGGCAUCAACAAAGCUAGUGUCUUGGACGCGGCGAAGCUCUACUGGACGGAGCUGGAUGAUAAUGGCAAGCGCAUCCCGUCGAACCACCCGCCCACCCAUGCUUUAGCGGUCUUCGAGCGGCGCCCGUCGGAGCCGCUCCUCGAGGACGUGAUUGAUGCGGUGGGCGUCUGCCAGACGCCGGAGAUGCGCGCUUUGCUGGAGGCCUUCCGCCGCGUCGAGGGCGACAACGAGCCGCUCUCGAACGACUUCAAGUGGAACGAGGAACGGUCCUGGCUCGAGACGCCGGAGGUCGACACCAUCAAGACGAACGUGGAGGCGGCCUACGACCCCGUCCAGCUCGUGAAGAUCCAGGCGCACCACUUCCAGAAGCCCGUCAUCCCCGACACGUUCGUGACGGGUUUACGCGACAUGGGCGAGCACGCCAUGUCCUUCCAGGAAAGGUUAGGAGAGUACAAGGCCUUCUACGAGAAUUUGCAAGUUACGUCUGGUCUACCCGGCGCGUCCUCCUCUUCACCAGUACCGCCGCCGCCGUUCUACAACCUGACGAUCGGCGGCGUUUAUAGAGAUACGCCGGACCGCACGGAGUUCAAGAAUGUUAGUAGGGGCUACGUCACGCACGCGACGCCGAAAGAUAAACAGAUAGUGGCGGACAUUUUUCAGAGACUAGGUGUCGACGUCCAGCCGCGGCAGGUCGCCAUCUCCGCGCUACGCUCGAAAGUAUUGCUCCAGCACCUCCUCUCUUUAUUCAAGCCGGGCAAGGUCGUCUGCCACGUGCCGACGUACGCCUCCACGAUCGACGCGGCGCGGAACACGUCGCAGCACGAGAUCGUCGAGGUGCAGCCGGGAGGGCGCUUCAAGGCCCUCUUCGAGGCGACGCGCAAGGCCUCGGCCGAGGCUUUACCAGAUGAGCCUGUGGUGCUAUUGCUGUUGGAGCCGCACAACCCGACGGCGAUCACGAUGAACGAAGAGGAGGUCGAGGAGUUCCACGCCGUGGUCCGGGACUGCCCCAACGUGUCCGUGAUCCACGAUAUUGCGUAUCAGGGCUACCAGCCGCAGCAGCAGGACUCGGGGAAGCGGUACCGCGACGACGGCAUGCCGCACAAGAAUCAAAUUUAUGUGGCUGUGUUGAGUACGUCGAAGUCGAUGUACGCGUCGGGCCAGCCGGCGCUGUACAUGGCCGACAAGGAUUCGUUGCCCUUCCUCGUGGACCACUACCAGCGGGUCGCGACGGGGCCUACCAGUGUCUUUGUGCACGACCUGCCCUACUACCGCGACACCUUAGAUGACGCCUACAUGCCGAGCGUGUGGGAGAAGCUCCAGAAGCCCAUGCUGGCCUUCGUGGAUGAACACAAGGCGCGGUGGGGCUGCGACUAUUUGGCGCGGCCGGACGGCCCGCCGUUCAUCACGUUGGAUGUGCGCGAUAAAUUGGAAAAGCUCGGCCUAUCCAAUAAAGGGUUCCGCGAACUCAGCCUUCGGCUGGGCUGCCCCGUGCUCGUUGACACGGGCGUGCUGCGCAUCGCGCUGACGGGCUUCGACAAGUCGAAGCACGACGAGGUGCUCCCGAAGAUCCUCGAGCGCCUCGACUUCAUCAUGUCGCUGGGGCCCGACGACGAGAUCGUCACGACCUUCAAGCAGUACAACCCGUUCUACGCGAGCACGGGCAAGUCCUCCAAGACCGUGAUGGGCUAGCCUGUUUCCCCCCUUGACCCUCCCCCCCGCACGGGUCUGUCUGUCCAUAUAAUUAUAACCAAAUGAAGAACACUACUUGGGGCGCGUCGAUAGACGUACUCUUCGCUCGAAACGG